CAGACGGGCGCGUAGCCCCGGCCGGGGAAGCUCCCUGCACCCCGACCCCACGCGGAGCUCUGCAGGCGGCAGCUCCGCAGGCCCGCGCGCGGGGAAGGGAGGAGGAGGCCUUGGAGGGGCAGCGGCGGCGGCGGCGGCUCCCACCUGGCGCCGCACCUGGGGCGCGGAGCUCCGGGCCCGCGGGGAGAAUGCGCGCCGCCCGUGCGCUCUGCCUGCCGCGCGCCGCCGCCCGUGGUCGCCGCGCCCGCACCUGACCAUGGAGUGCGCCCUCCUCCUGCUCGCGUGCGCUCUCCGGGCCGCGGGCUCCGGCCCGCCGUGGGGGUCCCCGGGACUGCGGCGCUGGGCCAAGGCGCUGCAGCUGUGCUGCCUCUGCUGCGCCUCGGUCGCCGCGGCCUUAGCCAGUGACAGCAGCAGCGGCGGCAGCGGAUUGAAUGAUGAUUACGUCUUUGUCACACCAGUAGAAGUGGACUCCGGCGGGUCAUAUAUUUCACACGACAUUUUGCACAACGGCAGGAAAAAGCGCUCGGCACAGAGUGCCAGGAGCUCCCUGCACUACCGAUUUUCAGCAUUUGGACAGGAACUACACUUAGAACUUCAGCCCUCGGCGAUUUUGAGCAGUCACUUUAUUGUCCAGGUACUUGGAAAAGACGGUGCUUCAGAGACUCGGGAACCUUCUGUGCGACGAUGUUUCUAUCAGGGAUUUAUCAGAAAUGACAGCUCCUCUUCUGUGGCUGUGUCUACGUGUGCCGGCUUGUCAGGUCUCAUCAGGACACACAAAAGUGAAUUCCUCAUCUCACCGUUACCUCAGCGGUUGGCCCAAGAACACAACUACAGCACCCCUGCGGGCCACCACCCCCAUAUCCUGUACAAGAGGACAGCAGAGGAGAAGGUCCAGCGGUACAGUGGCUACCCUGGUGCCAGCCGGACUUACCCUGGUCACUCCCCAAGUCACUCUCCCCCCGCAUCCCAGAGUGCAGAGACAGAAUUCCACCACCGAAGGUGGCAAAAGCAGCAUUUUUGUGGACAACGCAAGAAAUACGCCCCUCAGCCCCCCACGGAGGACACCUACCUACGAUUCGAUGAGUACGGGAGCUCAGGGCGGCCCAGGAGAUCAGCUGGAAAGUCCCAAAAGGGCCUCAACGUGGAAACCCUCGUGGUGGCGGACAGGAAGAUGGUAGAAAAGCACGGCAAGGGGAAUGUCACCACCUACAUCCUCACGGUCAUGAACAUGGUUUCCAGCCUAUUUAAAGAUGGGACUAUUGGAAGUGACAUAAACAUUGUAGUGGUGAGCCUCAUUCUUCUGGAACGAGAGCCUGGAGGACUGCUGAUCAACCACCACGCAGAUCAGUCUCUAAACAGUUUUUGUCAGUGGCAGUCUGCCCUCAUUGGGAAGAAUGGCAAGAGGCAUGACCACGCCAUCUUACUCACCGGGUUUGACAUUUGUUCCUGGAAGAAUGAGCCAUGUGACACUCUAGGGUUCGCGCCCAUCAGCGGGAUGUGCAGCAAGUACCGAAGCUGUACCAUCAAUGAGGACACCGGGCUGGGCCUCGCCUUCACCAUCGCUCAUGAGUCGGGCCACAACUUCGGCAUGAUUCACGACGGGGAAGGCAAUCCGUGCAGGAAGGCUGAGGGCAACAUCAUGUCUCCCACGCUGACCGGAAAUAAUGGGGUGUUUUCCUGGUCUUCCUGUAGCCGCCAAUAUCUCAAGAAAUUCCUUAGCACACCUCAGGCUGGAUGUCUAGUGGACGAGCCCAAGCAAACAGGACAGUAUAAAUAUCCCGACAAACUGCCAGGGCAGAUUUACGACGCAGACACACAGUGCAAGUGGCAGUUUGGAGCAAAAGCCAAGUUAUGCAGCCUUGGUUUUGUGAAGGACAUUUGUAAAUCACUUUGGUGCCACCGAGUGGGCCACAGGUGUGAGACCAAGUUUAUGCCGGCAGCCGAAGGAACCGUUUGUGGCUUGAGUAUGUGGUGUCGCCAAGGCCAAUGUGUGAAGCUGGGGGAGCUCGGACCCCGGCCUAUCCAUGGCCAGUGGUCCGCUUGGUCAAAGUGGUCAGAAUGUUCCCGGACUUGUGGUGGAGGAGUCAAGUAUCAGGAGAGACACUGCAACAACCCCAAGCCUCAGUAUGGUGGCAAGUUCUGUCCGGGAUCUAGCCGUAUUUAUAAGCUGUGCAACAUCGACCCUUGUAGUGCAAAUAGCUUGGAUUUUCGAGCCCAGCAGUGUGCAGAAUACAACAGCAAACCUUUCCGUGGAUGGUUCUACCAGUGGAAACCCUAUACGAAAGUGGAAGAGGAAGAUCGAUGUAAACUGUACUGUAAGGCUGAGAAAUUUGAGUUUUUUUUUGCAAUGUCUGGCAAGGUGAAAGAUGGAACUCCUUGUUCCCCGCACAAAAACGACAUCUGUAUUGAUGGGAUCUGUGAGCCAGUGGGAUGUGAUCAUGAACUUGGCUCCAAAGCCAUUUUGGAUGCCUGUGGUGUUUGCAAAGGUGAUAAUUCAACUUGCAAAUUUUACAAAGGACUGUACCUCAACCAGCAUAAAGCGAAUGAAUAUUAUCCAGUGGUCAUCAUUCCCGCGGGUGCCCGCAGCAUUGAGGUCCAGGAGCUGCAGAUAUCCUCCAGUUACCUUGCUGUCCGAAGCCUCAGUAAGAAGUAUUACCUCACAGGCGGCUGGAGCAUUGACUGGCCAGGGGAGUUCCCCUUUGCUGGGACCACAUUUGAAUAUCAGCGCUCCUUCAACAACCCAGAACGUCUGUUCGCACCAGGACCCACGAAUGAGACCCUGGUCUUCGAGAUUCUGAUGCAAGGCAAAAAUCCAGGGAUAGCUUGGAAGUAUGCACUUCCCAAGGCCAUAAAUGGAACUCAACAGGCUGCCAAGAGAACGCAGCACACCUGGAGUACGGUGCAGUCAGCCUGCUCCGUCUCCUGCGGAGGAGGUUACAUAAGCAUAAAAGCCAUUUGCUUACGAGACCAAAAUACUCAAGUCAAUUCUUCAUUCUGCAAUCUAAGAACCAAGCCAGCAACUGAACCCAAAAUAUGCAAUGCUUUCUCCUGCCCAGCCUAUUGGAUGCCUGGCGAAUGGAGCACAUGUAGCAAGUCAUGCGCUGGGGGCCAGCAGAGCCGGAAGAUCCAGUGUGUUCAGAAGAAGCCCUUCCAGGAGGUGGAGGCCGUGCUGCAUUCUCUCUGUCCUGUGAGCACACCCACUCAGGUUCAGGUCUGCAACAGCCACGCCUGCCCCCCAGCAUGGAGUCCUGGGCCCUGGUCCCAGUGUUCCAAGACCUGUGGACGUGGAGUGAGGCGGCGUGAGGUUGUGUGCAAGAGUUCUGCCACAGAGAUCCUCCCUGAGAGCUGGUGCAGCAGCAGCCCCAGACCUGAGACACAGGAGGGCUGUGUGCUGGGACGGUGCCCUAAGAACAACCGGCUACAGUGGAUUACUUCUUCAUGGAGUGAGUGUUCUGCAACCUGUGGCUUGGGUAUGAGGAGGAGAGAAAUGAAAUGCAGUGAGAAGACCUUCGAGGGAAAGCUCAUCACUUUCCCAGAGCGGAGAUGCCGCAAUAUUAAGAAACCCAACCUGAACUUGGAGGAAACGUGCAACCACAGGGCUUGUCCUGUGUACGAUGUGGCAGCGGGAUGGUACACGUCCCCAUGGCAACAGUGCACGGUGACCUGCGGGGGAGGUGUGCAGACCCGCUCAGUCCACUGUGUGCAGCAGGGCCGCCCCUCCUCCAGCUGCCUGCACCGCCAGAAGCCCCCAGUGCUCCGCGCCUGUAACACCAACUUCUGUCCAGCUCUGGAAAAGAGAGAGGAUCCAUCCUGCGUAGAUUUCUUCAGCUGGUGCCACCUGGUUCCUCAGCACGGUGUCUGCAAUCACAAAUUUUACGGGAAACAGUGCUGCAAGUCCUGCACGAGGAAGAACUGAACUUGGUGACACCCCAGUAGUCCAGGGUCAGGGUUCUAUCUUUGAGCCUCCAGAGAGACCAGACCCCUUUGAUCCUAGGCUGAGCACCGUGACCCUUUGUGAGGUGCUACAGGGUCUGCGGUGCACACAGGCUGAUGCCAGGCUCCCUAAUGGCACCUGGAGCACGAGGUACUCUGAAGCACUUGAAUAGAAGCAGCGACAAAUCUGACUUAGAAAUAAUAAGAGGAAACUUCAAUUUGCACUGUUACACAGAAGUGAGAUGUCCCACUGAGCUACAUUGAUUUGUAAUUUGACGAAUUGAGACCAGCCCCUUGCCCAUUCUUGGAACGUCAAAGGAUUCAGUGGCAAAGACAUCUAGACAUGGUUUUUUUUUUUAAAGGUCCUUUAAAACUUGGGGUCUUGUGAACUAUAGAUGGAACACCAGUCAGAGGUUGCUUUUGCUUGGAGUUUACAGUUUGACCGAAACUGUGAACACCCAAAUCAGGACUUACAGCAGAAGAUACAUGGUGCUCACAAUUGUGCUUGCUGCUGGACUGGCAAGCUCUCUGUUAUGUUUAUUUAGAGAGAGAGAGUGUGUGUGUGUGUGCGCGCAUGUGUGUGUGUUAUCGUUGUUGAUGAUGAAAAUAUAUUCUGCUUACAGAGCGUCUCCAAGACUAAAGUUAACAAUUUGAAAAGCAUUCCAAGGAAUAUGUUAAAGAAAACUACGGAUUAUUUAAGAUCAUCAUGUAACUGAAAUUCACACUGGGUGGGGGGAAUUUCAUAAAAGAUGCAUAUUGAUGGCCUUCAUAUGAUACCAAUCUCAUCACUUUUGGUGCUUUGCUGAAUCACAUGGAGGCAGCCUGGUGCCUGCUGUUAGAAAUGAGAAUUGGUGAUUUAUUCAUUUCUGGUAAAAACCUAGGAAGAACUAAGUGGCAAAAUAACCAUAUGGAGGAGAGAAAACCAUCAUUUCUCAUGGCCCCUACGGAUUACCAUCCUUCUGGGAAAUUAAAGCCUGUUUGUGGCUUUUUCCUACCAACAGUUAAGUUUAAAUUUGCCCUAGGAUUUAGUUAAGGAAAAAAAAAAGUGAAGAGAAAAAUCCAUCUAUCUUUCCACUACAUUAAUAAUAAUAAAUUACAAUAUACCAUGACCCUUCAGUGAAUAGGAGUAUUUUACAGUGUUUCAAAUGAUAUUUUCAGUCAUCAGCCAACUGCUGAUAGGUAUUAAUGAGCUAAAAAAAAAAAGUCCUCAAUUGAAAAAACACCACAGUAUUUUACCAAAACCAAAGUAUGUUACAAGGCAGUCCUGUAAGUUUUUGAGCAGUGGUUUAUAAAGGGUGUAUUUGUAAAAUGCUACUCUAUUCCUCAACUUGUUUGAUGACUGUAACCCAAUUUUACUGCUUUAAAAUAUCUCAAUUCAGACAGAGCUCAGCCAUCUCAGCAGAACCAACCAGACAGUGGUUUGUUAAAUUUAGCAGCGUCUAAAUUUAGCUGCAUCCUUUGUCCCCAUGGUAACUAAAACCACAAAUUCUUGAAUCUCACAAAAAUAAUGAUUAGCAGCUUUUCUCAACCUAGCCAUGUUUAUCGUGAGGAAAAAAAAUGGUUUCCCAGCACCACAUCCUUGCCCUCUGAAAAAUGGCAAGUUAUUUGUGUCUUUAUAUAAUUAUCAUUUUAUUUUAUGGAAAAGUUAAUUUAUUAAUAGCCUAUUAUGUGUUCUCACUUGCUUCUCUGAGUAAGUGGUAUUAAUUCUGAGGGAAAAUGUUGAAUAAAAACCAUGGAUUAUAGAGAAAAUUCAAAAUAUAUGUGUAAUAUUUAAUUAUUUUAUAAGUUUUAUAAUAAAGAAUUCUGUUUCUUUACCUUUGAAA